UUUUUUAAACGCUAUACGAGUUGUAAAAUAUAAACAACAAAAGAUUUUGACAUAAAUUCAACUGAUUAAGCUAUUUAAACCUACUAAAAUUUGAUCUAAACUACAUAAUAACUAAUUUUAAGGAUGUCUGAAGACGAUGAUGGUGAAUAUUUGAUAAGUGAACAGCAGGAAAGCAUAUCCGAGAGUCUAAAUAGUGAUUAUUCAAUUCCAACAUUAUGGUAUCACGGAGAAGAUAUACCCUCAAACAAUGAAUUGAUAUUUGAAGAGCAUAUACCGAUAUUUCUAGAAGAGGAAGUUGUGACUGAAGGAUGCUUUGAGAACGUAGUUCCAACAACAAAUAAUACGUUGACGGAAUCAAAGCCCAAAAUUAAUAAUUUAACAUUAAAUCGUGAUUUAUUAAAAGUUAAUCAUAGGGAUGUUCAAAGUCAGUCUGGAUCUCGAACUCCACAUACACCAAAAACACCAUCAAGUGCAAAUUUUAAGCCAUUUGUAUUGAAUGAGCAUACUAUGAGGAUAUUUAAGAAUAAGAUAAAAGCAAUUCAAAAGCGUAGAGCGCAAGCAUUAGCACGAGAGAAAAAACAACGUCCGAAAAAGAUAAAGCCAGCAAUGAAUGCAACAAGCAAUAAAGUAUCGAUUAGUAAUAAGAAGCAAAGUUCUCAAGUUCCUGUUCCUGUAAAAAAGUCCGAAGUUAUCGAGUAUAUUAAUUAUAAGCCGAAGCCAGCAGUUGAUCCGAAGAAUUCAGGACAGAUAUUAAGAAUGGAGAAGGUUGAUAGUGACGAUAUUGAAGUAGAUAUUUUAUCGAAUUCAGAAGACGAUGAUAAUGUUGUGAAUAAUGUUGUGAUAGGAUUAGCCGAUUUGCCUGAAGGAGACGAGAGUGGUGAGAUGUCUGUCGAUGAUCCAGAUAGUAGUUAUACAACGGAAGUAGUUCCUGUGGAACAAGAUGAAGAAAAACUUAACGAAUUAAGAGAAAAUGAUGAACAAACUUUUAUAGAAAUUGAUCAAACGGAAAUGCCAUGUAGUGAGGUGAUUUUAGAUCCACAAAGUGUCAAUUCAAUUGAGAAAUUUAUGAUGUCUGAAUUCUUUAAUGGAAGUCCAACACGGACGCCUGAAAGAUAUCUCAAAAUUCGUAAUCAUAUAAUUAAUAUGUGGAAUCAAUGUAAACCGAAUUAUGUCUCAAAAACUACCGCUAGAAACGGCUUAAGAAAGUGUGGAGAUGUGUCAGCAAUAGGUCGUGUACAUUUAUUGCUGGAAAAUACUGGUGUAAUUAACUUUGAUUGCCCAGAAGUUCAGUACAUAUUACCAUUAAAAAUAUUGUAUGGCAUAUUUCAGCAAAGUAUAAGGAACAAGAACCAAAGUUAUAUGAGAAACAAGAGUGACUAUGCAUCAGAUAAUUCAAUGAUGCAGCAACAAGAAAGCUCAUCAGAUUCUAUGGUGAAUAGGAUCAAAUCAAGGACGCAGUCUAAAACACAAUUCGAAUUGAUUAAAUGUCAAAGAUUCUCAAAAGAUAACAUUGCACCUUUUGAAAUUUCAAUCACUUUAUCCUGCCUAUUAUGUCUAUACUUUCAUGCACUUUCGUCUAAAUUAGAAAUUAUGGGAUUCCUCGGUGGACAUGUCGAUAAAAGUAAUGGAAAAAAUAAGAUUUACUUGAAAUGUUACAAACCCUGCCGCACUUCCAUUCAAACCCCAAUUAGUGCUGAGAUGUGUCCCAUUUCUCAAGUUGAACAGUCAUCUGAUAUAACAGAUUCUGGAUAUGAGCUAUUAGGGUGGUUCCAUAGUCAUCCAAGUUUUCCUGCGAUUCCAUCAAGAACUGAUUUAAGGACACAAAAUGAAAUUCAGAUGCAAUUCGCACCGAAUAAUCCGUUCAUUGGUUGCAUUUUGUCGUGCUUACAACCAAUGGAUUUUAAAUGCAUUUACAUGCAAAAGGACACGGCAUAUGAGCUGCAAGUAGAUAUUGAGAAGGAUUAUUCCGGUUUUAAGGAAGACAUCGAAAGCGUUUCAAAAUUGAUUGAUCGUGGAGAGAAUUAUGAGGAAACGAUUCAAAGGUUCAUUAGCUCAGGAAAUAAUCUACUAAGAGAACUUUCGAUUCCAGAAAGUAUUGAAAAUAUCCUACAGAAUGAAAUUAUUUGAUUUUUGUGUGCUAAACAAAUGUGCAAACAGUAUUUUAAGUUUUUAAUGCAAUAAAAUUAGAAAUUAUAUUGAUAAGAUG